CCGGUGCGGCGAGGGGGGCAGCGCCAGAGGCACGCAGCCGCGCGAGGGCUACGGAGCCCAGAACCUGCCCUGCAAGAUGCACUUAGAACCCCUGCGGCUGGAAGAAUGAGCUUGCCCUUCCUCCUCCUCCUCUUCCUCAGCCACCUCAUCCUCAGCGCCUGGGCUCACGGGGAGAAGCACCUCGCCCCCAAAGGGCAACCCGGACCCGCAGCCAGCGGUGGGAACCCGGCAGGCGCCGGCAGCAGCAGGAGCAGCAGGGGCACGACGUCUUCCUCUUCUUCCUCCGUCUCCUCCCCCUCGGCUUCUCUGGGCAACCAAGGAAGCGGCUUGGAGCAGAGCAGUUUCCAGUGGAGCCCCUCGGGGCGCCGGACCGGCAGCCUCUACUGCAGAGUGGGCAUCGGUUUCCAUCUGCAGAUCUACCCGGAUGGCAAAGUCAAUGGCUCCCAUGAAGCCAGUAUGCUAAGUAUUUUGGAAAUAUUUGCUGUGUCUCAGGGGAUUGUAGGAAUACGAGGAGUUUUCAGCAACAAAUUUUUAGCGAUGUCAAAAAAAGGAAAACUCCAUGCAAGUGCCAAAUUUACAGAUGACUGCAAGUUCAGGGAGCGAUUCCAAGAAAACAGCUAUAAUACCUAUGCCUCAGCAAUACACAGAACUGAGCCCGCGGGCCGGGAGUGGUACGUGGCCCUCAACAAGAGAGGGAAAGCUAAGCGAGGCUGCAGCCCCCGGGUUAAACCCCAGCACAUCUCUACCCACUUUCUGCCAAGAUUCAAGCAAGUAGAGCAGCCAGAACUUUCAUUCACGGUUACCGUCCCCGAGAAGAAGAAACCACCCAGUCCCGUCAAGCCAAAGGUUCCCCUUUCUGCACCUCGGAAAAGUCCCAACACCGUAAAAUACAGACUCAAGUUUCGCUUUGGAUAAUAUUCGUCUUGGCCUUGUGAGAAACCAUGCCUUCCCCUCAGGAGUUUCCUUGGGUGUCUUUACUGGUCUGAAGAGAAGAUUCGGAUCCAGCUUCAGCUAUGCUCCACUGCAGUGAAAUCAGGUCAUUUGUUUCAGUGCGACUGAAACAAAAACGUUUUCCAAUGGGAACUGAACUGGAAUUCUUUAUCCAACAUAGGGUGCACGCUGCUUCAGUUCAGGAUGACGUAAAGUCUUUUGCUUUAUGCUUAGUGCAUACUCUGUAUUUUGAGAAAGCUAAGCAGCAUGGACUAUGUAUUUUUCUGACUUUUACAGAUCAACUUGAAAAAACAUACAUGAUACAUUUUUAUUUUUGGUUUCCAAAGAAUAUU